UGUGAAGCCGUAAUUGGAGCUGGCCUAUAGAUUUCAACGACGUCCUCCAGAAGAAGAUCGUUGACCAAACAAUACACUCAAAUAAGCCAAAUCACCAUACUCAUACCAUGUGUAAACAUAUUCUCAACGCGCAAGUUUCUAUUCGGUCGCCAUGCUGUCGAAAAUGGUUUGACUGUGCCGAAUGUCACCAGGAAACUGAAUCACAUCCUCUCAAGAAAACCACAGAAAUGACUUUCGCAUGCAAAAAAUGCAAAAAGGCAUUCAGGAAGGAUUUUGCCGAUGAAACAGAUGACGGAGACGAAUACUGCCCACACUGCGAUAAUCAUUAUGUUAUCGAUGCGAUCGAGCCAAAACCAAUACUGAAAUUCGAAGGCGAGGAUGUCAGGAAGGAUAGUAGAAUGAUUAAGGAUGAUCGACUGCAAGGGAAGGAACAGAGAACGAUCUUUGACGUGGAGGAGGCCCCAAACAAGCUGGGAUAAAACGACACGUCAUGAAUAUGGAAAGUAAAAAGGGGUCUGAAUUUAGCGGCAUAGGCAUGGGAACUUGGGACGUAGAGCGAAUGAUUAAUGAGAAGCUGAUACGCAUGUAUGACGGAAGUGAUACUGUUAUGGCUC